AUGCCAAAGUUCGAUGAUUUUGAGCCUCCUAUUACCAUUAAACGUAAAAUGACAUCUGAUCACGAUACUGAUGAUGCUAAUGAGGCCUUGAGAAACGAGGACGGCAAAGAUGAGGAAGGAGGAGGUGAAGAUGACGAUGAUGAUAUUUUGCUUCGUUCUUCUUCUUUGAACAAGAAAGUUGAAAAAAUUAUUGAUGAACAAAACCUUUCAAGACAAGAAAGAUUAAAAAUGUUAGAGGAAAGAAAAAAAGAAAAACAACUUCAAGCAGAAAAACGAAAAGUUUACAAGAAAAAAAGAAAUCAAACUAAAAAACAAUUUUUUAAACUAACUGCAAAAGGUCAACCUGUGAUGAAAGCUAGAAUUGAUAAUUUAUUGGAAAAAAUAAAAAAGAUCACUUAA